CCUUGUUGCCACGUCUUUCCACGGUUCCCGAAAAGACCACAUUCCAACUGCGGCUGCUGCCACCACCGGAUCGCUUUUUUUUUUUAUUUAAACUUUGGAACGUCACUUUAUUUAACUGUUUUCUAACAUAUCUGUAAAAUAUGGCUUCAUCCGACAUCGCUCGACAACCGCAGGAUAAAAAUGCGCGUCCUUUGGCCUUGGCUGGUCAUGUGGGCUUUGACAGUUUGCCAGAUCAGCUUGUCAACAAAUCCACGAGCCAAGGCUUCUGUUUUAACAUCCUCUGCAUCGGUGAGACAGGGAUUGGCAAAUCCACGCUCAUGGACACCCUUUUCAAUACAAACUUUGAGAACUUUGAGUCUUCCCACUUUGAGCCCAAGGUGAAGCUCAGAGCCCAGACCUACGACCUACAAGAGAGCAACGUGCGACUGAAGCUCACCAUCGUGAACACUGUUGGCUUUGGGGACCAGAUGAAUAAGCAGGAGAGCUACCAGCACGUGGUGGACUAUAUAGAUACCCAAUUUGAGUCCUAUCUGCAGGAGGAGCUUAAAAUCAAGCGCUCACUGCAUAACUACCACGACUCGCGCAUCCACGCUUGCCUCUACUUCAUUGCCCCUUCCGGACACUCUCUCAAGUCCUUGGAUCUGGUCACGAUGAAGAAACUGGACAGCAAGGUCAACAUCAUUCCAGUCAUCGCCAAAGCUGACACCAUUUCCAAAAGUGAGCUCCACAAGUUCAAGAUCAAAAUCAUGAGCGAGCUUGUAAGCAACGGCGUUCAGAUCUACCAGUUCCCCACCGAUGACGAGACCGUCGCCAAGAUCAACACUGCCAUGAACGGUCACCUGCCUUUCGCUGUAGUCGGGAGCACGGAGGAGGUGAAGAUCGGGAACAAGAUGGUGAAGGCCCGCCAGUACCCCUGGGGUGUGGUGCAAGUGGAGAACGAGAACCACUGUGACUUUGUGAAGCUGCGGGAGAUGCUGAUCUGCGUGAACAUGGAGGACCUGCGGGAGCAGACACACGCGCGCCACUACGAGCUGUACCGCCGCUGCAAGCUGGAGGAGAUGGGUUUCAAAGACACAGACCCCGAGAGCAAGCCCAUAAGCCUGCAGCAGACCUAUGAGGCCAAACGGCAGGAGUUCCUUAGUGAACUUCAGCGGAGGGAGGAAGAGAUGAGGCAGAUGUUUGUCCAGAGGGUGAAGGAAAAGGAGAUGGAGUUGAAGGAGGCUGAAAGAGAGUUGCAGAGCAAGUUUGAGCAGUUGAAGAGGCUGCACCAUGAGGAGAACAGCAAGCUGGAAGAGAAGAAGAAGAUGCUGGAGGAUGAGAUCAACACCUUCAACAACAAGAAAGCUGCCGCCGAGCUUCUCCAGGCUCAGGCUUUUAGCACUAAUGCCAUUAAAAAAGACAAAGAUCGAAAGAACUCCGGGUUUAUGUGAAGAAAUAACCACUGAGUAGCAACUGCUGGUUUCCCAUGUCGCCACUACCACUGCCAGCCUCACGCUGCCCUCUAAUCCCUGCUGCUUCCUGUGCCAGCCUGCGGACACGUACUGUACAUGUGCCUUGGAAUAACACUACAGUACUGCUGUUUCUUCUAGUUUCCCUUUAACUUUCCCAGGAGGCUGUUGGCAUGGUGAUCCUUGUCUCUGACUUGUUACCGUACUACCCCCAUUUUGAUAUGUCCCAUAUAACAGUGUAUGAACAGUAAAUGUGUUAAUAUGCAGCUCAGGCAUGAGAGAGGGUUUGUAUGAAGCUCUGUAUUGCUGAGUCUUUAUACUAAACCUGGUUUUUGAAACACUAUCCCCUUCCUCUGAGUUUUCAUGCACACUUCACUUGUCUGAGCACAAAAGUUGUUACCUCACUCCAUGCAGGUUUUUUUAUUUUU